CGCAACAACCCAAUUAAGCUAACUUUGUAGUUUUCACAUUCCUUUUCUUCUUUCUCUGGUUAUUUUCAAAAGGAAAAAGAUAAAAAGAAAAAGGGAAUUUGGUAAUGUUUUGUUGUUUAAGGAAGAUGGGAUGAUUUGAAAAUUGGUGGAUAAAAGGUAGAGAGAAAGUAGGAAAAUCUUUAAAGCAAAGAGAAGAGAAGAGAAAAAGAUGGAAGGAAUGGAAGGAGUGUUGGAGAGGCUAUUGGGUGGAAGAUAUAACAAAGGGAAAAGGGUUCAGCUCAAUGAAUCUGAAAUACGGCAACUUUGUGUCACUGCCAAGCAAAUCUUCCUGGCACAACCCAAUCUCCUUGAAUUGGAAGCUCCCAUCAAUAUUUGUGGUGACAUACAUGGUCAAUAUCCUGACCUGCUACGAUUGUUUGAGUAUGGUGGAUUUCCCCCGGAUGCCAAUUACCUGUUUCUAGGAGAUUAUGUGGACAGAGGAAAACAGAGCAUAGAAACUAUAUGUCUUCUUCUUGCGUACAAGAUCAAAUACCCAGAUAAUUUUUUCCUCCUCCGUGGCAAUCAUGAAUGUGCUUCUAUCAACAGAAUUUAUGGCUUCUAUGACGAGUGCAAGCGCCGUUUCAGUGUGCGUCUGUGGAAGAUAUUUACAGAUUGCUUCAACUGUUUGCCAGUGGCUGCACUUGUUGAUGAUAAAAUUCUCUGUAUGCAUGGUGGACUUUCACCAGAAUUGGAAAGCUUAAAUCAGAUCAGAGCUAUAAAAAGGCCUAUCGACGUGCCAGAUCAAGGGCUCUUGUGUGAUCUGCUGUGGGCUGAUCCUGAUAAGGACAUUAAAGGAUGGGGUGAGAAUGAUAGGGGUGUUUCCUUUACCUUUGGAGCUGACAAGGUGGCUGAGUUCUUGAGGAAGCAUGACCUCGAUCUCAUAUGCCGCGCUCACCAGGUUGUUGAAGAUGGUUAUGAAUUCUUUGCAGACAGGCAACUAGUUACCAUAUUCUCAGCUCCAAACUACUGCGGCGAGUUUAAUAAUGCAGGUGCUCUCAUGUGUGUGGAUGAAAGUUUACUCUGCUCAUUUCAGAUUCUUAAGCCUUUCCCAUGACAUCAAAAACCAACACUGUAAUAAAUUCCAAGUGAUGAAGAAGCUGCCUCAUUAUGUUUGAUAAAAAAGUUUUUAAGUGUUUUGGUAACUCUUUUCUUCUGUCGUAGUUUCAUUCAUAUAACUGGGCAAAAACUGUGUAUAUAUACCUAACAGGUGUAAUUGUUGCUUUGUAUUCUAAAACUAAUAAGCAUCAACCAAUCCGAAUGCUAAU